AUGACGCUCUCCAGCUUCACCCGCUUCCCGUUUGCCAUGGAAUUGGUAGAAAUGCUGAAAUGCUAUAUUGAUUUUAUCGUGGAGAGGCAGGAGAUCAACAGGGCUCGGGAGGAGCUGUCGUUCGAGCUCGGGAGGGCGCCGACAGACGAGGAGACGAUGAAGAAAGUGGGUCUGUUGCCCGCGAGGUACCGCGAUGUGGUGCGGAUGACGAGGCCGACCUACUCGCUCCACUCGUGGAACCGUGUCACGCAGGAGGAGCUCAUCAAAGAGGUCACCGACGUCGACGCCAUCGGGGUCGACACCCACAAGCACAACCGCCUCCUCCGCCUCGCCAUUGAUGACCUCCCCAAGGAGAGCGUGGUGAUCAGGCAGAGGUUCGGGCUGGACGGCAGGGGGAGGCGCACACUGAGCAAGAUCGCCGACAACCUAAGGAUCUCGAGAGAGAUGGUGCGCAAGUACGAGCUCAAGGCGCUCAUGAAGCUCAAGCACCCCACCCGGGUCGACUACCUACGAAGAUACAUGUGA